AUGACAGUAGAUCAACAAGAGUUGAAGAACAUAGUAAUUAUAGGUGCUUCAAUAGCAGGACAUGAAGCUGCCAAUCAUCUUUCAACCAACUUACCUCCCAAAUAUCGGAUCUUGUUAAUCGAUGCGAGAAGUUUCGCUUGGUGGCCUAUCACCAUACUAAGAGCGGUUAGAGGGACACCCCAUCAGGUCUUAGCUCCUAACAAGGUGAUGUCACUUAAAGAGAGCUCGGUGGUAUUGGAAAGACCGUUCGAGGGGUCCAAUGAAAUACCUUUCUUUCGAUGUGUCAUUGCUACGGGAGCAUCGCAACCCCUCCCCACGAUGCCAGGAUGGAACCAGACAGAAACAGAAUUUAUCGAAUCGCUUAAAGCUGCCCAGAGGGAUGUAGAGGAAGCUAAGAAAGUGGUAAUUGUAGGGGGUGGCGCGGUAGGAGUUGAAAUUGCAGGUGAAAUUGCCGCUCAUCAUCCUGAUAAAUCAGUUACCCUGGUUCAUAAAGCUUAUGGAUUACUUUCACCUACACCACCGGAUGAGAUCCAAGGGAAAGUCCAAAAGGGUGGUAAGGAAGUUGGAAAUUACUCUUCUCCACCUACUGAUCCUAGAUUAUCAGUAGAGUUGAAGAAGAUAUGUGAUAAAUUGGGUAUAAAAGUCAUUUUGAAUGAUAGAGUAAUCAUACCUCCUCGGAAUCCACCAAAAGCAUGGAAUGGUCAAUUCUGCUUACAACCUUCUCUCGUCACACUCAAAUUGACGAGCGGUAAAAGCCUAGAGGCAGAUUAUGUUUAUCCUGGAUGCGGGAUGAAACCCAAUUCGAAACUCGUCCGAGAUGUCGAUGAGGGUGCUUUGGACGGUGAACUCAUUAGAGUUGACGAGUAUCUAAAAGUAACAACAAAUAAUCCAGGAGAAUCUAUUUUCAGUAAAGGAAGAUAUUAUGCUUUGGGAGAUGUAUGUUCAAGUCCCGGUUUCAAAAUCGCUAGGACGGCGAUCGUGAAUGCACAAAAGGCAGCAACCAAUAUAAUGAACGAAAUCAAAGAGAAACCAUUAAGUAAAUAUAGUGCAGGCCCAAUCUCACAUCUUGACCUUCCCUUAGGUCCCAAUGAAGGUGCGGGAAUGACGAGUUUCGGAUGGCUCGGGACAUGGGUAUUUGGGUCGAAAUUUACUACUUUGAUUAGAGGGAAGACAUCGGGGACGGAAAGGGUUUUUGUGGGCAGGUUUAGGGGUGAGAAGAAGAGUGAGAUUGUUUUUGAUUGA